AUGAAGCUCACCUUCAAAGAUCUGAAGCAGCAGAGGUUCGUCAUCGAAGCCGAGCCAACUGAGACCAUCGGAAAUGUCAAGGCGAAGAUAGCUGCCGAGCACGGAUGGGAAGCUUCUGGACAGAAGCUGAUCUAUUCGGGCAAGAUUCUCCAAGACGACAAAACCGUGGAGUCCUAUAACAUCGAGGAGAAGGGGUUCAUCGUCUGCAUGGUCUCCAAGCCAAAAGCCACAGCUGCCUCAUCAAGCAAGGCUGCUCCCGCGACUCCUGCUCCUGCAACCGCCUCCACACCCGCUGUCCCCGCCGCUCCAGUCUCAUCGUCAACAGCCGCUGCAGUCGCCCCAGGAACCCCAUCUCCCGCACCUCAAACCGCCUCAUCGGAACCGCGACAGUUCAACGAUCCCUCCGCCCUCGCCAUCGGGGCCGAGCGACAAGCCGCCAUCUCCAACAUGGAGAGCAUGGGAUUCCAGCGCGGAGACAUCGAGCGUGCACUGAGGGCCGCAUUCAACAACCCGGAUCGCGCGGUUGAGUAUCUGCUUACUGGCAUCCCUGAAACCACGGACGACCAACCCCCCGCUUCCUCCCCCGGCCAAGCUGCCCCGCAAGCUCCAGUUCCAACCCAACCCCAACAACCCGCCGCCGCCGCCGCCCCCGCCACUGGUGAUGAGCCCGUCAACCUCUUCGAAGCCGCCGCCGCCGCCGGCAACCGAGGUGGCUCCGGCGGGGCUGCCCGAACCGGAGGCGCGGCGACAACCGGCACAGGUGCCGCCACCGGCGUCCCGGCUGGGAGCCUGGAGUUCCUGCGCAACAACCCGCAGUUCCAGCAGCUGCGGCAGGUGGUGCAGCAGCAGCCGCAGAUGCUCGAGCCGAUCCUGCAGCAGCUGGGGGCAGGUAACCCGCAGCUGGCGCAGCUGAUCGCGACGCAGCCGGAUGAGUUCCUGCAGAUGUUGGCGGAGGAUAACGAUGAGGAUGCGCCGUUGCCGCCGGGGGCGCAGGCGAUUUCGGUGACGGAGGAAGAGAGGGAGGCGAUUGAGAGGUUGUGCCGUCUUGGAUUCUCGCGAGAUCUCGUCAUCCAGGCCUACUUCGCCUGUGAUAAGAACGAGGAGCUGGCCGCGAACUUCCUGUUCGAUCAACCCGAUGACGAUGCGGAGCAGUGA